UUCUCUCCCCGCCAUAUCUCUGGCAGAUAUGUAUCGCCUGGAGCUGGCGGGCGGCCUUGGGGUCAUCCUGCUGUUGUUGGGGAUCCUAACCGCGCUUUAUAAGUGCUACAACCUGGAGAUCAUGCUCUGCUACAGGAGACACUUUGGGAGCGACGAGACUGAAGAUGACAACAAGGAGUACGACGCCUACCUGUCCUACACAAAGGUGGACCUGGACUCUUUGGGCAGGACGAGCAGCGACGAGGAAACCUUUGCUCUGGAGAUUCUGCCGGACGUUCUUGAAAAGCAUUACGGAUACAAACUAUUUAUACCAGACAGAGAUUUAAUACCCAGCAGUACCUACAUUGAGGACUUGGCACGCAGCGUGGAGCAAAGCAGACGUUUGAUCAUUGUUUUGACUCCAGAAUUUGUUGCCAAAAGAGGUUGGAGCAUUUUCCAGAUAGAGACGCGUCUCCACUCCAUGCUGGUUACAGGAGAGAUCAAGGUGAUCAUGAUAGAGUGCGCAAACUUGAAGAAUGUCAUGAACUACCAAGAGGUGGACGCGCUGAAGCAUACGAUCAAGGUCUUAUCUGUUAUCAAGUGGAGGGGUCCAAAGAGCAACGAGCUGUCCUCCAAGUUUUGGAAGCAGGUGGUCUAUGAGAUGCCAGCUAAACGCAGAGAGACUCUGUCCAGACGUCAGGUAAUGGACUCUGGUGAACAGGGCCUCUUUGGUGACCUACAGACCACUGUCUCCACCAUCGCCAUGACGACCACCUCUGCCUCACUAGCGCCCCCUAAUGAGAAUCGCCAUGGCCACCAUCAGGUUGCCUUGGCAACAGAGAUCCCUGACUACAACCAGAUGACCUUGCCACUGGGAGGAGGUCACACUGCUACAGCGGCCCAAAUGCGGCACUUCUGCCGCAGCUACGAGUUCCAGCUUCCCCCACAGCCUUCUUCCAUGUCACCUCCACUCCCGCCUCCCUCCACGGUGCAGUUCUCCACCCUGGGCCCCGGGGGGCGCCAUGUCUACUGCAACAUCCCCAUGACGCUGCUGAAUGGACAGGGGUUCAGAGCAGUUCACUGGGGAACAAGAGGUGUCUCAGAGCAGUACGCUUGGGAAGAAGCCAGACCUCCACCUGAACAGCACCUUCGUACCGCUCACCAGCAGAGAACUAAGCUCUGAUAUCUGGUAGACUGACGGCUCAGUCGGUACCCGUUUACGGACCGCUGGGCAGACGCCUUCUGGUGGAUUGCUUGUACAACUGGACUUUGUUUGGGGGGGUUUGACUUUGUACAGACUUGAGAGUUAGACGGCUCCUCGAAGACUGCCUGAGGACUGCUACUGGGUCACUUCAUACCACGUCAUGAACAAAGAACCUUAGUGGAUGAGGCAUGACUUGAAUCUUAAGUGUACUGGGCAAAGACAAAUUCUAAGAACAAUUGCUUUCCGUGAUGAGGGGAGUGAACUGGCUGCAGACUGACACCAGCUUGGAUUGCAAAAAGUCAACCAUUGCAAAGGGAGUGCUGCUGCUGACUGACCAACAAUAUGGCCCACUGGGCAGAG